CCCCGCGCUCUGCCGCCCCUCGUUGCCUGCCUCCAGGCCCCCGGCGGCCUCCAGUGGCCGCGGGCGCAGGCGGCGGCGUCCCCCUCCCCCAACCCCGCGCGCAAGUGCGAGGCUGCCCGCAGCGCGGCGCACACUCCGCGGCUCCCGGCUUCCGCGCAAAACUUCGAGCCUGUUCACGUGAAGUUGUCUCUUCCCUUUCAGAGGGGGACAGAGCUUUGGGAAAAGCUGGGGAGUGACGACUGUGGUGGCUGGGCGCGCGCUCUCUUUUUCUUUUCUUCUCCUUUUUUUUUUUUUUUUUCCUGUCGUCAGUCCAGAGUUUUGGCUCCUCUCCUUUCCUCCUCCCCUUCGGAGCCAGCUUGUCCCCCCGCCCCGUUUCUCCCCCACUUGUGUACGCUAUUUGUUGGGGGGUAACCGAAGGGGAUGUCCUGUUUUCACCAGAGGCACAGCGCGAAGGGGAAACUUCAACACUGCAAGGGACGAGAAUAAAUACCUAAAUACGGACGCAGGGAUCCGCUGUCCGGACAGACACUUGAACUUCGGGAUCUCCAGGCGGUCGGGGCGGCAGGAGACAGUUCAUUUUUAAUUGAAGGAAGCUGCUUCUACUUGGGAGUGGCCGGAGAAGUGAGAAAACCACAUGGAAGACUCCCAGGAUUUAAAUGAACAAUCAGUAAAGAAAACGUGCACAGAAUCAGAUGUUUCAGAACCUCCGAAUUCCAGGUCUAUGGAAAUGCAGGACCUAGCAAGUCCUCAUCCUCUUGUUGGAGGUGGUGAUACUCCUGGUAGCUCCAAACUGGAGAAAGCUAAUCUCAGCAGCACAUCAGUCACCACAAAUGGGACAGGAGGGGACAACAUGACUGUUUUAAACACUGCAGACUGGUUGCUGAGUUGCAACACCCCCUCUUCCGCAACAAUGUCUCUCCUUGCAGUCAAAACAGAGCCUUUGAACAGCAGUGAAACCACAACCACGACUGGAGAUGGAGCGCUUGACACUUUUACUGGGUCAGUAAUAACAAGUAGUGGCUACAGCCCCAGAUCAGCACAUCAAUAUUCCCCACAGCUCUAUCCUUCCAAGCCCUAUCCACACAUUCUUUCUACACCAGCAGCUCAAACAAUGUCUGCCUAUGCAGGCCAGACUCAGUAUUCGGGAAUGCAGCAGCCAGCUGUCUACACAGCCUACUCACAGACAGGACAGCCCUACAGCCUGCCCACUUACGAUUUGGGUGUGAUGUUGCCAGGCAUCAAGACAGAGAGUGGACUUCCACAAACUCAGUCCCCCUUACAAAGUGGGUGCCUCAGUUACAGCCCAGGGUUCUCCACCCCACAGCCGGGCCAGACACCUUAUUCUUACCAGAUGCCAGGUUCUAGUUUUACACCAUCAUCUACUAUUUAUGCAAAUAAUUCAGUGUCCAAUUCAACAAAUUUCAGCAGUUCACAACAGGAUUAUCCAUCCUACACAGCCUUUGGCCAAAACCAGUAUGCACAGUAUUACUCAGCGUCAACGUAUGGAGCAUAUAUGACAUCAAAUAACACAGCUGACGGCACAUCGUCCUCGACCUCUACCUAUCAGCUGCAGGAGUCUCUCCCAGGACUGACUAGCCAACCAGGUACAGAUCUUCAUCCAGGAGAGUUUGAUACCGUCCAGAGCCCCUCCACACCCAUCAAAGAUCUUGAUGAGAGAACAUGUAGAAGUUCUGGGUCAAAGUCCCGAGGAAGAGGCCGGAAAAAUAAUCCCUCCCCACCUCCCGACAGCGACCUGGAGCGUGUGUUUGUCUGGGACUUGGACGAAACCAUCAUUGUUUUUCACUCACUGCUCACAGGUUCUUAUGCCCAGAAGUAUGGCAAGGAUCCCCCCAUGGCUGUAACUCUUGGACUUCGAAUGGAGGAAAUGAUUUUUAAUCUUGCUGAUACACACUUAUUUUUUAAUGAUUUAGAGGAAUGUGAUCAAGUUCAUAUAGAUGAUGUUUCCUCAGAUGAUAAUGGGCAAGACUUGAGUACCUACAGUUUUGCAACUGAUGGCUUCCAUGCAGCUGCAAGUAGUGCAAACCUUUGUUUGCCAACAGGUGUAAGAGGAGGGGUUGACUGGAUGAGGAAGUUGGCUUUUCGUUACAGAAGAGUAAAAGAAUUAUACAACACCUACAAGAACAAUGUCGGAGGACUCCUUGGCCCUGCCAAGAGAGAUGCAUGGCUGCAGUUAAGGGCAGAGAUUGAAGGUCUGACAGACUCCUGGCUAACAAAUGCACUUAAGUCUUUAUCAAUUAUUAGUACUAGGAGUAACUGCGUAAAUGUCUUGGUAACGACAACCCAACUGAUCCCAGCGCUUGCGAAGGUUCUACUCUAUAGUUUAGGAGGUGCUUUCCCCAUUGAGAAUAUUUACAGUGCAACUAAAAUAGGAAAAGAAAGUUGCUUUGAACGAAUAAUGCAAAGGUUUGGCAGAAAAGUAGUAUAUGUUGUAAUUGGGGAUGGUGUAGAAGAAGAACAGGCAGCAAAAAAGCACAACAUGCCCUUUUGGAGGAUAUCAAGUCACUCAGACCUCUUGGCUCUACAUCAAGCACUGGAAUUAGAGUAUUUGUAACUGUGUUCUCUAGCUGGAGAUCCGUUUUUAUAUAUAUACAUAUAUAUAUAUAUAUAUUUCAAGUACACUGAAUUUUUAUGUGUGAUUCAAUGCCUCUGGCUUUACACAUAUAAAUUGUCUUAAAGGAUGAAAUCAUAUUUGGAAUGAAAAUUCCAGAAUGAAGAAUUCAGAUUGCUGAACGGGAUUAAACUUUAGUGCUACAGAAAAGAAGCUCUAUGGUCUUAUAUUUACAACACUUUAAUGGUUUUUUAAAAAUCUGUGGAGGUUGCUGGUACACACCAAAUGAGUCCUAACUGGAAUUAACAGCUUUAGCAAAGAACUCUUACCCUGGCAAAGCACCAACACAUGCUUCGUCUGACAAAGUGGUGUUCAUCAACAACAUUCCUCAAAACGAGAGACCUUCUCAGCCCUGAGGUUUGAAUCUGACUUUAGCCUACCUAGCCCAGAAAAUCUGAAUUGGAAUGCACUCAGACUGUAUAAGGACAAUCCUAUCUAGACCUGUAAUUUGUGUAAAUUAUUGAUGAAAAUAAUUUACUGUGACUUUAUUAGCAGCUGACUUUGAAAGUGGAUGCAAUUUUUCUUUCAUUUGUCGGGGGAGGGAGGUGGGAGGUGAAAUGGGAAUCUAAUAUUGUCUCUUUUUUAAGUUUGGCAAACAGAAUGUUCAUACUGAUGUGUUGUGCCUUAAAGACAAGACAGCAUUUGUGUGUUACAAUGUAACUUUGGUUAAAAUCUCUGUAGAUAAUGAAAAACAAAAACCUUUGUGAUCAUUCUUAACAUGACCAAAUUUAAAAUUCAAGCUAUCAAAGCUUAAUACUGCAUCAGCAAGAAACUGAGUAUUUGUUGCAAUAAGAAAACAAUAAUAAUAAAGGAAAGCUUGUGUUUUA